UUUGGAAAUAGACUCUUGGGAAGUCAGUUCAAAAAGCGCCUGUCAAUCGAACGGAACUUGCUGCUGAGAAUUUUUAAUUAAAGUGAUGGAUAAUACAAACGGUCCGCCGACAUCAGAAAUGGGAUUCGCCUCGCCUACAGACAAAACUCCUGGACAAUAUAUGGCAGCGUUGGAAGCCCAGAACAGAACCCUGAUGGAGCUACUAAAAUCUAUGCAGACACCAAGGACUUCGGCAGCGGACGAUAAGGCUACGCAUGUCGCUUUGCCAAAAUUUAAUCCCGAUGGAGCCGGAGCAGACGCCUCAGCCUGGUGUACGACAGUCGACCUCAUAUUUGCAGACCACGUUUUAGAGGGCAGCGGUCUGGUGAUGACUUUAAGCAAGGCGCUAGAAGGCAGUGCGUCACAAUGGUUAUCGCAAGUAUGUUUCGCUGGCAUAACCUGGACACAGUUUAAGGAACUGUUCAACCAACGCUUCGUGGGAGUGGAGACAACCACAGCGAUUUUACUGAACGUUUUGGAUGGUCGUCCUAAAUCUGGAGAGGGAUUCGCAGAGUAUGGCAGCCGGAUUGAUACGUCACUUAUGUCCAAGUGGAAAGCCAUAGACGUGGAGGAAAUCGCAGUGUCGGUAGCGUUGGCACAUAUGGCGCAAAUCGACAACAGCUUGUUACGUUGGGUAUAUACAACUAACGUUACAAGCCGCAAUGAGCUACAACAACAACUGCAGGCUCAUGCUUUUAAGAAGCGUAAUGCGGAAGAGAAUGCAAGUUCAACGGGCCCAGAGCGAAAGAAGAUCAAGUUCCAAGUGAAAUGUCAUCACUGUGGAAAGAUUGGACAUAAAAUCGCGGAAUGCCGGAAUCGACUGGAAAGAACUGGACACAACGCGAGGGGGAACAAUCAGAACGGGAGCAGUGACUUUGGAGUGAAGAACCGGAUCAACAUACGAUGUGUCCACUGCAACGAAAAGGGACACUACGCUAACUCUUGUCCAAAAAUCAAAACUAGCGAGAACGAGAAGAAGAAGAUGUACGAAAAGCGUGUGGACUUUUGCACUGUGGCCCCGCCAAAGGGAAACAUAAAUGUAUCCGGUGAGCUCAUUCCAUUUUGCUUUGACUCCGGAGCAGAGUGUUCAUUAGUUAAGGAAAGUGUUGCAGAGAAAUUUAAAGGAAAAAGACUUAAUAAUAUUGUAAAACUAAAUGGCAUAGGUAACGACUCCAUCUGUAGCACAAUGCAAAUUCUUUCCAAUAUAAAUGUUGAACAGUAUUGCCUAGAGAUUUUAUUGCAUGUUGUAAUGGACAAAUAUUUGAAAUACGAUGUUUUAAUUGGCCGCGAAAUAUUAAGCCAGGGCUUUAGUGUAACAAUUGCCGCAGAAAAAUUCAGUAUUGACAAAACAAAAAGAGUUGAUGUCGUAACUUUUGCUACUUAUGAUAAUGUUGUAGAUUCCGAUGGCGACCUGAGUAACUCCGACAAGAUGGCAUUAAAAAACAUUUUAAAACGUUAUUCUGACUGGUUUAUAGACGGAAUACCACAGACUCGUGUAACGACAGGGAAUUUGGAAAUCAGGUUAAUAGAUCCACUAAAGACAGUGCAGCGCAGGCCAUAUAGGCUUAGUGAAGAUGAGAAAGAGCAUGUUCGUUAUAAAAUCGACGAGCUUCUAAAAUUUAAUAUUAUUCGUCCCAGUUGUUCACCUUUCGCUAGCCCGAUGAUGCUUGUUAAGAAGAAAAACGGUAGUGACCGUCUUUGUGUUGAUUUCCGAGCUUUGAAUGAGAACACAGUAGCAGAUAAGUACCCAUUGCCUCUAAUUUCAGACCAAAUUGCUAGGUUACGUGGAGCAAGCUAUUUCUCAAGUCUCGAUAUGGCAAGCGGCUUCUACCAAAUACCGGUACAUCCCGAUUCAAUUGAGCGUACAGCAUUUGUCACGCCUGAGGGUCAAUAUGAAUUUUUGACUAUGCCUUUUGGCUUAAAAAACGCUCCGUCUGUGUUUCAGCGCGCUAUAAAUAAAGCAUUGGGUAAUCUGGCUCACACUUACGCAAUCGUGUAUAUUGAUGAUGUCUUAGUUGUGGCGGAAACUAAAGAUGAAGCCUUAGACCGACUGCAGAUUGUGCUAGAAACCUUGAGCAAGGCUGGAUUUUCAUUUAAUGUAACGAAGUGUUCUUUUCUUAAAACUAGGGUAGAAUAUCUGGGAUUUGAAGUGAGCAAUGGACAGGUUCGCCCUAAUCCACGCAAAAUUCAGGUUUUAACAGACUUGCCACCCCCAAAGUCGGUAACGCAAUUGAGGCUUUUCAUAGGGCUAGCGUCUUACUUUCGGCAGUUUGUGCCAAAAUUUUCAGAGACUUUAAAACUCUUGUAUGCCCUAACCUCAAGAAAAAACUCUGAUUUCGUUUGGCAGAUAGAGCAUGAAAAAAUUCGCACGAAAAUAAUAUCAUUUCUAACCCAGGAGCCAGUGCUAAGAAUAUUUGACCCUCAACACUCCAUAGAACUACACACCGAUGCCAGCUCAAUUGGCUAUGGAGCAAUAUUGCUACACAGAAUAGAUAAAAGCCCCAUGUUGUUGAAUAUUUUAGUAAAUGCACAUCACCUGCUGAAUCAAAAUACCACUCUUACGAACUUGAGACUUUGGCAGUUGUCAAUGCCAUUAAACAUUUCCGUCAUUAUUUACAGGGGCGAAAAUUUGUAGUGUUUACUGAUUGCAACUCGCUGAAAGCUAGUCGUACAAAAUUGGACCUAUUGCCGAGGGUGUAUCGAUGGUGGGCCUUUUUAC